UAUGACUGACGUAAGAAGUUCGUGUUUUGUUCAAAUUUAUUCUUAAUUAUAAAAUUAAAUAUUUUAUUUUCCUUUUGCUAAAUGAUAAAUUUUCCAUAUUUGAUAUUAGAAUUUUCGUGAUUUUUUCAUGACUCAUGGAGAGGUUGUAAUUUAAUAUCUCGCAGAUUAACAUCUAUUUAAAAAUUAAAUAGAAAUUGUACCUACACGCGACUUCGAUAUAAUUGCUGUUAUUCGUGGUAUUACAAAAUUGGAGGAAAUAAGAGCUUAGAAUUACUGGAACAUUUAACCCGACUUGCCAUGAGAUAAUGUCACGUAAAAGAUACAGAAUGGGAGACGAAAAAGAAAUGUGUUCUAAAUUGGAAGAAACGAACGAGGGACAAAACGGAAGUGAUACAAGUUUUUCUAGCAGUAGUAGUCAAGUGUUUGCUGAAGUUGGACAGUCAAUACGAACAGCAGCACCCUUCAGCACGGACCCCGCAGCGGUCGCGGAGCGGGAGCGAUGUCACUACGGGCGCAUCCCGCGGGCGGUGGCUCUGGCGGGCACGGCCCCGCGCAAGGUGCGCGUGUACUCCGACGGCAUAUACGACAUGUUCCAUCAGGGUCACGCGAGGCAGUUGCAGCAGGCCAAGACGGUCUUCCCAAAUGUAUACCUCAUUGUUGGAGUAUGUAGCGACAAGUUAACACACAGCCGAAAGGGGCGUACUGUGAUGACAGAAGAUGAGCGGUAUGAGGCAGUCAGACAUUGCAGAUACGUCGACGAGGUAGUCCGCGACGCGCCGUGGGAGUACGACGAGGCGUUCCUCGAGAAGCACAAGAUCGACUUCCUCGCGCACGACGACAUCCCAUACACGACGGAGGACUGCGAGGACACGUACGCCAUGAUCAAGGCGAAGGACAUGUUUGUGGCCACUGAACGGACGGAAGGUGUAUCAACGUCAGACAUAGUAGCGCGAAUAGUGCGUGACUAUGACAUAUACGUGCGGCGGAAUCUCGCGCGCGGCUACUCGGCCAAAGAGCUCAAUGUGUCUUUCCUUAACGAGAAGAAAUUCCGCCUGCAGAACAAGAUGGACGAGCUCAAGGAUAAGGGGAAGAAGGUGGGACUUUCGGUGAUGACGAACAUCGGCGAGAAGCGCGUGGACAUCCUGACGAAGUGGGAGGAGAAGUCGCGCGAGCUGAUCGACGCGUUCCUGCUGCUGUUCGGGCCGGACGGGCGGCUGUCCAACAUGUGGAACGAGUCCAAGGGCCGCCUCAUGCAGGCGCUCAGCCAGCCGCCCUCGCCGCGCUCCUCGCCGCCGCCCAGCGAGAACGGCGACGACGACACGGAGCUCCGACGCUCAGUAUCCCCGCCGCCGCCCAAGUCGCGUCGCUGCGAGACGUGGGAGCCGCACGCAGGUAACUGGAUGCAUCGAGCUCUGAGCGCAUUGGCGACGCGGAAGAGACCACACAGCGCCAGCUGACGGACGACGGCUCCGACGACAGCGACGACGACUUCCAAGAUCCGAGCCCGUAUCUCACCUAGGAGUUCGCCCCUCUGUCCAUCAGUGAGCAAGACUGGCCUUGAUCUACCCGAAGAAUUAUAAAAACUCGUUUGUUAUAAUACAUAACAAAUUAUGUAAAUUUAUUUUACACUCUUUAAUAUAUUAUAGUUCUUACUCUUCUACGAGAAUUAACAGUUUCUUAGUUUGUAUCAGAUGUGGUGAUAGCAUAUCAUCAGAAUAGUUUACAUUUGUAAAUUGAUAGAAGUUCAAUGGGGUGUACUCAUGGUCAUUGCUACAUGAACUUAAUAUCGAUAGUGGAAUUGUAACAAAGUAUUUUUAUACAGCGUACGUCCAUGGACAUCGAAAAGAUUGAAGCGAUGGAUAGUCGCGAGCAUUUCUCUGGAGCUAAUGUUAAGUUAUUUAUGUCAUGGCUUUUGUAUGUCUGCUGUUGGUACAGAUGAGUGAAUGUAUUUAAUCCUAUUAGUUUUAUUAUUAUUUAUGUUAAUGUAAAUUUUCUCAUUAGAACAUUGGAGCCUUAUGUAGCACCAACAAUGUCUAGGUGCAAAGAGUAUAGAUUAUUAUUGUAAAAUACUCUUAUGACAGUUGAAUAAAGAGGUGCUUAUUAUUAAAAGUU